AUGUCACCAUUCCUCGUGGACUACUCGGGUCAAGUCAUUGACCUAGGAAGACUCUCGGGUGACGAAUCGAUUGAUGAGUCUCAUGUCAUGGAAAUUGCCACGAGCGGUACAGAUUCCGAGACGGAUGUUCUGCUGCAUGAUGAUGACGAGGAUCAUGACCAUGACCAUGACCAUCAUCAUGACCACGAUCAUGACCACGAUGGCAUGGAAGGUCCGCAACAACAUCCCAAGUCACCAGUAGCGGACAAUACGAUGCGCACCGAAUUGGAGAGUCUCUCCUCGUCCGUUUCUUCUGAAAAAUCUGAAACUGAGGGCAAACCUCGGCAGCAACAACAGCAGCAACAAACGCAGCAAAACUCUACAACGACCGACUUGUCAUCGACAACACCACUCUCACCACCAAGAAAGAUAGUGGUCAAGUUUUCACAAAUUCAAAUACGAGAGUAUCCCAUGAUUGUGGGAGACAAUCCUUCCGCACUCACCGGAGUUCCCGUGACCAUUGAUUGGGAACAUGUGGACGAGCUGGAAUUCCAAUUGGAAGAUUACGAAUCGGGUCGACCACAACCACCCCGCAGCAUGGUCCAAUUGCGAAUGCCCGCCUCUCAUCGCGAUGGUAUUUUAAAAUCGCAAGGGUUUUCGCUCGCAGAACGCAAUCAUGGCAAGAAAAUGGCCAAUGUGACCAAGGGCCGCCGAAGACGGACCAGCGAAACCAUGAAGUUGAGUCAUGUCGCCGAAACGGCGGAGAUUUGGAAACGAGCCACCAAGAAUGCUACCUGGGGACGGAAGCAAAAACAAAAGGAACGAGAAUAUUUGCAUCCCUAUGUAGAACAUUGA